AUGGGAGGCAAGCUGAGCAAGAAGAAGAAGGGGUACAAUAUGAAUGAUGAGAAAGACAAAGACAAGAAGACUGAAGGCACAGGGACCGAAGCAGAGGCAGCCCCGAAGGAGAAUGAGACCCAGGCGGUGUCUGAGACCACCGAGGUGAAGGAGGGCAAGGAGGAGAAGCCGGAGAAGGAUGCCCAGGAUGCUGCAAACAAGACCCAAGAGAAGGAGGGGGACAAAGACGCAGCCGUGGCCAAGGAAGAAGCCCCGAAGGCGGAGCCUGAGAACACAAAGGGGGCUGCAGAGGCCAAACUCGAGGCCUUGAUGGAUACAGAGCAAGAGCAGGCUGCAGCCUCGACCCCCGCUGCCCCGAAAGCGCCCGAGGCCAGUGCUGAUGCCCAGGCCGAAACCACUGCAGCCACUCAGGUGGAUGGUAAGAGCAAGGAGGAAGGGGAACCCAAAAAGACUGAGGUAGUUCUUGAAAAUCAUUUCAAUCCAAACACCAAGCUUGUUCGAUGA